AUGGUUUCAAUUAUUCAAUUUACUCAAAGUGUUUUUGCUACAUUAGCUUUUGCUUUAUUAGCUCAAGGUAUCGCUAUUCCAGAAGGUUUAGCUAAAAGAGAUGGUUCAGGUGUUGUUACAUUAGAUUUCGAUGUUAUUAGAACUGCAAUUAAUCCAAAUACUACUACUGCUUAUCUACAAAAGUAUAGUAAAAGAGGAGAUUAUCCAGUUUCAUUAAUUAAUCAAGGUGCUUCAUAUGCUGCCAAAAUCCAAGUUGGUUCAAACAAACAAUCGAUUACCGUUGAUAUUGAUACUGGUUCAAGUGAUUUAUGGGUUGUUGACAAAAGUGCAACUUGUGAAAGUAGCGGUGGUGAAGCAAAUGAUUGUAAAGCUGAAGGUACAUUCGACCCAAGUGGUUCAUCAUCUUUCCAAAACUUAGGUGGUGCAUUUUCAAUUGGUUAUGGUGAUGGUACUUCAUCAACAGGUACUUGGGCUAAAGAUACUGUUACCAUUGGUGGUGCUGCAAUUACAGCUCAACAAUUUGCUGAUGUAACUGAUACAUCAGUUAAUGAAGGUAUUUUAGGUAUUGGUCAAGCUUCAUUAGAAUCGUCAAGUUCAAAAUAUGCCAAUGUUCCAGUUUCAUUGAAAAAUCAAGGUUUUAUUAAAACUAAUGCUUAUUCAUUAUAUUUAAAUUCACCAUCAGCAACUUCAGGUACUAUUAUCUUUGGUGGUGUUGAUAAUGCAAAAUACUCUGGUAGUUUAAUUGCAGAACAAGUUACUGAAUCUAAUAGAUUAACAGUCACUUUAAAUACAUUAAAUUUCAAUGGUAAUCAAUAUUCAGUUAAUCAAGAUGCUUUAUUUGAUUCGGGUACUACUUUAACUUACUUGCCAACCAAUAUUGUUGAAUCAUUAGCUCAAAAAGUUGGUGCUCAAAAAUAUGUUGAUCCUUAUGGUGGUGUUACUUGGCUUAUCUCAUGUACUGCAAGUACUAGUGGUAAUGCUGUUUAUCAGUUCCCUAAUGGUGCUAAAAUUACUGUUCCAUUAAGUGAAUUUAUUUUUGGUAAUGAUGGUUCAAGUGAAACCUGUGUUUGGGGUAUACAACAAUCUGAUGAAUUAAUCAUUUUGGGUGAUAACUUUUUAAGACAUGCUUACAUUUUGUUUAAUAUUGAUGCUAAUACUAUUUCAUUUGCUCAAGUUAAAUACACUUCUGCUUCAAGUAUCUCUGCAGUUUAG